ACUCGUCUCGCACCGUACUGCAAGAUACGAAAAGUGACUCCGCACUGUAUCAUAUCGAACUUCGAUAUAAAUCGCUGGUAUUCAUAGACGAAUAACGUUCCACAUAGGUGUGCCAUUUACCUCGAUAUAAAAGAUGAACAAAUUACUGAGUACGUUCACGAGAACCCUGAACCGGCCGACCGCUAUUUUGCUAUUCCGCGCGGCUACAGCGAAUCGAGAUAAUCACUUUCGAUCUAUGAGCGUGGUUCACUCACCGCCGGUGAGUCCAGUUUUAAUUGGUACAUCGAUCAACAAGGACGAGCUUGGAGAUUUCAUGGCAGUAUUUCCAGACAUUGUCAAGGAUCUGACGGACAACGGCCUUAACUUGGACGUUCCCGACGUUAAUAAGUGGCUCGAAAAACUGUUGCAUUACAACGUACCCGGCGGUAAGAAUAACCGAGGAUUGACGUUGGUACUGUCAUUCAAGAUGUUAUCUUCGCCGUCCGAUCAAACCGAUGAAAAUCUUAAAUUAUCCUAUAUACUAGGAUGGUGUGUCGAAAUUUUGCAAGCCUAUCAAUUAGUGUUGGAUGAUAUAAUGGAUAAUGCUAUUACUAGACGAGGACGUCCGUGUUGGUAUCGACAUAACGAUAAUGGACUAAUAGCAGUGAACGAUGGAAUUCUCCUCGAACAAGCCAUUUACCAAUUACUUAAAAAAUACUUCAAGGAUAAGCCUUAUUAUAAACACAUUCUAGAACUGUUCUAUGACGUUACAAUGAAAUCUGCGAUGGGUCAGUGUCUCGAUAUGUUAACUGCGAAGAGCUUCAAGUCUAAAAAACUUGAAAAAUACACCAUGGACAAUUAUACAGCUAUUGUGAAAUAUAAGACUGCGUAUUAUUCGUUUUUUCUUCCUGUGUGUCUUGCCAUGCGCAUGACAAACAUCAAUGACCAAGACAUUUUUAGACAAGCAAAAGCCAUAUUGCUUGAAAUGGGUCAAUUCUUUCAAGUUCAAGAUGACUUUUUAGACUGUUAUGGAGAUCCGGAGGUUACAGGAAAAAUUGGUACGGACAUAGAAGAUGGAAAAUGUUCGUGGUUGGCUGUAAUGGCUUUACAAAAAGUCAAUUCUGAACAAAAGAAAAUUAUGGAGGAUAAUUACGGUAUUGACGAUCCAGCCAAUGUUGCAAUCAUCAAAGAUUUGUAUGAACAGUUGAAAUUGCCAAAUGAGUUUCAACUCUACGAAGAAGAAAGUUAUAAAUUAAUAAAUACUCGUAUUCAACAUUUAUCACAAGGCUUGUCACAAGACAUGUUUUUAAAAUUCUUGAAAAAGAUUUACAAGAGAACCUUAUAAUUUUAAAUCUACACCAAUUGCAUUA